ACUUCUAGAUUUACUAGUUCAGUGUGCUUAGACCCCUCCUUCUCUACUGAUGCAUGUCAAGACAGACUGAGCUCCAUGAAACCAGCGGAGUGGGAACACCUGUAAACUCAACAACAGACUACAAUCCCUCCUGUUAAAACCCCAGUACCUGCUAGAGGACAUGUCUGCAAACCUUCCCGAAGAGGACCUCUCCUGUCCCGUGUGCUGCGAGAUCUUCCAGGAUCCGGUGCUUUUGCCGUGCAGCCACAGUUUCUGCAGGAGCUGUCUGGAGCACUUCUGGGAGAGCGCUGUCUUUCGUAGCUGCCCCGUCUGCAGAAGAAGGGCCUCCAAGAAAAGCCCCCCUUCAAACCGGGCCCUCAAAAACCUGUGUGAAGCGUUCCUGCUGGGCAGAGGCCAGGGCAGUGCAUCUGGAACGAACAUCCUGUGCUGGAGACAUGGGGAAAAGCUCAAACUCUUCUGUUUGGUGGAUCAGGAGCCCAUCUGCGUGGUGUGCCAAGCCUCAAAAAUGCACAAAGGUCACGACUGCUCUCCCACGGAAGAGGCGGCUCUGGACUGUAAGGAUAAAAUGUAUGCUGCCAUGAAGGUACUGCAAAGUAAGCUGGAGGUAUUCGAUAAAGCAAGACAAUCUUCAGCUGUAACUUUGGAGCACAUUAAGAAUCAGGCCAAUCGGGUUGAGAGACAAAUGAAGGAUGAGUUUCUCAAGCUCCAUCAGUUUCUUUAUGAGGAGGAAGAGCAGAGGUUAUCAGCACUGAAAGAAGAGGAAGAGCACAGGGUUGCUGCUGUGAAAAACAGAGAUGAUGACGACGCACGGAGGAUUUCGUCUCUUACAGACAUAAUCAGGACAAUGGAGCAAACCAUAAAUGCUGAAGAUUUAACAUUGCUGCAGAACUUCAAAGCUAUCAUAGACAGAAUGUGCAGUACAUGGCAGGAUCCAGAAGGCAUGUCUGGAUCUUUGUUGGAUGAAUCUAAGCAUCUUGGGAAUGUAAAGUAUAAGGUCUGGGAGAAGAUGAAGGCAGUUGCACCGUACAGUCCAGUAAUUCUGGACCCAAACACAGCCCACCCUUGCUUGACGCUGUCAGAUAACCAGACCAGUCUCCGCUAUAGCACCCCAAACCAAGGCCUCCCGAGUAACCCUGAGCGCUUCCACAUCAGUGCAGAGGUGCUGGGCUGCACUGCCUUUAGCUCCGCAAGCCACAGCUGGGAGAUCCAGGUUGGGGACAAUGAGGACUGGAUCCUGGGCUUGGCCAGUGACAGUGUGAAGCGAGAUCAGGAAGUUCCUGCCAGACCAGAGAAUGGCUUCUGGACCAUCUGCCUACGGGAUGGGCAAUACAGGGCUAUGUCAUCACCCCCAACUGCUCUAAAAGUGGAGGAGAAACUGCAAAGGGUCUCGGUUCAGCUGAACUGGGACAGGGGGGAGGUGAUUUUUUCAAACCCAUUGCGUCAAGAAAUGAUAUACACAUUUAAACACGUCUUUACAGAAAAGUUACUGCCGUACUUCUACACGCAAAGUAAGCAUCCUUUGCAGAUCCUCUCCAAGCCUGUGUUGGUGUCUACGUGAAAGUAUCAUCUAAUAUCUAAUAUAAUACAGAGAACCUCUUAAUAGUACACAACACAUGUAUUAAAUAAAUGCAGAUUUAAACAGGUUCAACUCAAUCAGUAUUGUGCAAAGUAGCCCGAGGCCUAAUGUGCCUGUGCAAGCUUAUCCUCACUGCUAAUAAAAAAAAAUAUUCAUACAACUGUAGUUUCCAAAUCUGUUUCAAUGGUAUUUGUCAUUAAAGUAUACAUGCAUGCAGCGUGAAAUGCCACAACAACUUCGUUAUUUUUUUCAUGUGAAUAAACCAACUCGUCACAUCCCCGCUAGAAAUUUUACAAUUUUACACACAAAAAAAAAUUCAUAUCCCUAUCAAACUACUAUCAUCAUUACAAUAUGCUUUCAAAAAUGA